AUGUACAGCCGUUGGGUAAAGAGUGGUGAGAAGGCGCUCGUUAGGUGGCGAGGAGAAGAGCUGGAGGUUGUGGAAAAGGCUGCUCUGUCCCAGCGGAUCACGCUUCCCCAUUCUCCUCUGUCCCAGCGGAUCACGCUUCCCCAUUCUCCUCUGUCCCAGCGGAUCACGCUUCCCCAUUCUCCUCUGUCCCAGCGGAUCACGCUUCCCCAUUCUCCUCUGUCCCAGCGGAUCACGCUUCCCCAUUCUUCUCUGUCCCAGCGGAUCACGCUUCCCCAUUCUCCUCUGUCCCAGCGGAUCACGCUUCCCCAUUCUCCUCUGUCCCAGCGGAUCACGCUUCCCCAUUCUCCCUCACGCCCGCCCCCUUCCCUUUGCUCGCCCCUUGCUCUCCCCUUGCCACUCCCCCCCUGCCCACGCCAGGCCCUUAGUUGCCCCCUGCCCACGCCAACUCGAGCUCCUUUGCCUGAAGGGCUCCUGCUUCCCUAUCCUCCCUCACGUCCCUCCCCCUGCCCUCCCUCUCCCUCCCUUCCCCAUCCUCCCUCACGUCCCUCCCCCUGCCCUCCCUCUCCCUCCCUUCCCCAUCCUCCCUCACGUCCCUCCCCCUGCCCUCCCUCUCCCUCCCUUCCCCAUCCUCCCUCACGUCCCUCCCCCUGCCCUCCCUCUCCCUCCCUUCCCCAUCCUCCCUCACGCCCUCCCUCCCUCCCUUCCUACACCCUUGCUACUUUCCCAACCCACCACCACGCUUGCAGGCCCUCAGUUGCCCCCAUCUCAAGCUCCCGCCCUCCUCUUUCCCUCCCCCACCCUCACUACUCCCCUAUCAACACGCCAGGCCCUCAGCUGCCCAAUCUGGAGCUGCUCUGUCUCGGAGAAUCCUGCUUCUUCAUCCACUCUCACGCCCUCCCCCUCUGCUUUCAUCUCUCCUCACUCUCCCCUUGCCACUCUCCCCCUGCCCCCGCCAGGCCCUCAGCUGCCCCCAUCUCGAGGUCCUCUGUCUCGGAGGCUCCUGCUUCCCCAUCCUCCCUCACGCCCGCCCCCUUCCUUUUACUCUUCCCUCGCAACCCCCCCCCUGCCCACGCCAGGCCCUCAGUUGCCCCCAUCUCGAGCUCCUCUGUCUCGGCGGUUCCUGCUUCCCCAUUCUCCCCGACGCCCUCCCCUCUCCCUCCCCACUCCCUCUCUCUCUCCCCCAACUUCGCCACUCCCCCGCCCCUCCUGCAGGCCCUCAGCUGCCCCAAUCUCGAGCUGCUGGAGGGGGAGGUGAGGCCUGGUGCAUGGGGGGAGGGGGGGGCGCGGAGGAGACAGGUGCAGAGACAGGUGCGGCCAGGGGAGGCACUAGGUGGCGUGGCAGUGCUUUUGGAGAGGCUUCAACUGGUGGAGGUGUCUUUCUGGGAGAAGGGAGAGGUGGACGACAUGAGGCUGCAGCUGGUGGAGGUGUCAUUCUGGGAGAAGGGAGAGGUGGACGAUAUGAGGAGUGUGGCAGGGAGGGGGCGCCUGGUGGUGAGCAUGAGGGACAAGGGCGGAGCCACAGCUCUGUUUCUUGCCGCAGAGGCUGGGGACGCAUGGACUGUAGAGGGACAGCUGGUGGUGAGCAUGAGGGACAAGGGCGGAGCCACGGCUCUGUUUCUUGCAGCGGAGGCUGGUGAUGCGUGGACUGUGGAGGUGCUGCUACAAGCAGGCGCGGACAUGGCAGUGGGCAACAGGGGCGAGGAGACCCCUCUCUACAUCGCCUCCUUUAAAGGCCACCUGUGUGCUGUGUGCUGUUCACACGCCUUUCCACCCCCUCCCCCAGGUGCUGCUGCAAGCAGGCGCGGACAUGGCAGUGGGCAACAGGGGCGAGGAGACGCCUCUCUACAUCGCCUCACUCAAGGGCCACCUGUGCUGCUGCAAGCAGGCGCGGACAUGGCAGUGGGCAACAGGGGCGAGGAGACCCCUCUCUACAUCGCCUCACUCAAAGGCCACCUGUGCUGCUGCAAGCAGGGGCGGACAUGGCAGUGGGCAACAGGGGCGAGGAGACGCCUCUCUACAUCGCCUCACUCAUCAGCACCCCCUGUGCUGCUGCAAGCAGGGGCGGACAUGGCAGUGGGCAACAGGGGCGAGGAGACGCCUCUUUACAUCGCCUCACUCAAGGGCCACCUCUGGGUGGUGCGGCGGCUGCUGGGGCACUGCAGGAGGAGAGGGAUUGACUGGCAGGCAGAUGCGAGCUUGGCAGGGGAGGGGCCACCUGUGGGUGGUGCGACGGCUGCUGGGGCACUGCAGGAGGAGAGGGCUGGACUGGCAGGCAGAUGCGAGUCUCCACAGGGGAGACGGCUGCUGGGGGGCUGCAGGAGGGUGGACUGGCAGGCAGAUGCGAGCACGCACAGGGGAGGCUCCGGGUGGACACCCCUCAUGGCAGCAGCACUGUCCAACCACACCCACGUGCUGCACACACUGCUGACUCACCAUGUACACACCCACCAAUCUCACGACGACACAUCAUCACCCGCCUUGAUCAACAAGCAGAACGCAUACGGCCUAACAGCAUUGCACAUAGCAGCGCGGUACGGGUCCUUGGAUUGCAUUCAAGCGCUGCUGGCAGCAGGUGCGUGUGCUGCCGUGCCGGACCUGUAUGGGGAGCGGCCGUCGGGCCUGGCGAAGAGGUUCGGGCAUUCCGAAGCUGUUCAGAUGCUGCUGGUGGCGGAAGGGGAGAUGGGGGUGGGUGGGGGGGAGGAUGGGGGUAAUGGGGGCAAGGGGAGCAAUGGGGGAAAGGAUGGCAGGGGUGGCAAGGGGAAGGGGGCAAGAAGGAAGGGGAGGAAGGCCAAGGGCAUCGAGGAGAAUUGA